CAUACACGGAAGAGACUGGACUGGAUCCUUGGAUAAAGUCUGAAUCCCCACAAAUCGAAAAGGAUGCCGGCAAUCAUCUUUCACGAGACUGUAUCAUCAAAAUUUCCAAGUUUCCGGAAGAGAAAGAUGUUUUUAAAUAUACAGAUCCGGAAGCUAAAUGUCCGAUAUGUAAAGAGGUGCAUACACAUCGAGGUAUAUGGGGCGAUUGGAGCUGCUUACGCCAAUAUGCCAUCGAGCACAAAAUGGAUCCCGAAAAAUUUUCAGUUAUUACAGAAGCUGAGAAAAAUAG